AUGGAAGAGGAGGGCUACCUAACGAGGAUCUUCUCGAAUGCGUUUGUAGCGUUUGUGCCCAGGUUUGAGGUUGAAGGCUUGAUCCGUGCGAGGGAUUUGGGGCUGGUUGACCCAAAGUCUGGGUGCAAUGCCAAGGAU